CUUGGAUGUAGCGGCGUCGGUGGUGAGGGCGUGGGGAAGGGUGGGGUGAGGGGGCGAGGCCGCGACGAGCGCGGCGAAACUCUCCACCCCUUGGCCCCACCGCGUGGGACUGCGUGAACGCGGUUUUGGAGGGAUGUCCGCCUUCUCUGAGGCGGCGCUGGAGAAGAAGCUGUCGGAGUUGAGCAACUCGCAGCAGAGCGUGCAGACCUUGUCCCUGUGGCUCAUCCACCACCGCAAGCACUCGCGGCCCAUCGUCACCGUGUGGGAGCGGGAGCUGCGGAAAGCAAAACCCAACAGGAAGCUUACUUUUCUCUACCUAGCCAAUGAUGUCAUUCAGAACAGCAAAAGGAAGGGGCCGGAGUUUACAAAAGAUUUUGCACCAGUUAUAGUGGAGGCUUUUAAGCAUGUUUCAAGUGAAACUGAUGAAAGUUGUAAGAAGCACCUUGGAAGAGUGUUAUCUAUUUGGGAAGAAAGAUCUGUAUAUGAAAAUGAUGUAUUAGAACAACUUAAGCAAGCUCUGUAUGGUGAUAAGAAGCCUAGGAAGAGAACUUAUGAACAAAUAAAGGUGGAUGAAAAUGAAAAUUGUUCCUCUCUAGGAUCUCCAAGUGAACCACCACAGACUCUAGAUCUCGUUAGAGCCUUACAAGAUCUAGAAAAUGCAGCUUCAGGUGAUGCAGCAGUUCAUCAGAGGAUAGCUUCUUUGCCUGUCGAAGUCCAAGAAGUAUCCCUGCUAGAUAAAAUAACAGAUAAAGAAUCUGGAGAAAGGCUUUCUAAAAUGGUAGAGGAUGCUUGUAUGUUGCUGGCAGAUUACAAUGGCAGAUUGGCGGCAGAAAUAGAUGAUAGGAAGCAACUCACUCGAAUGUUAGCAGAUUUUCUUCGUUGUCAAAAAGAAGCCCUUGCAGAGAAAGAGCAUAAAUUGGAAGAAUACAAGCGCAAGUUAGCCAGAGUUUCCCUGGUGCGCAAAGAACUCAGGUCCCGGAUCCAGAGCCUGCCAGACUUAUCUCGAUUGCCCAAUGUCACUGGCAGCCACAUGCACCUGCCCUUUGCGGGGGACAUCUACAGUGAAGAUUGACGACCAGUUUCUUUCCAGGGCCCAGGACUUUGCAAGACAUGGAGACGGGUUAGGUGGAUAGUCCUGUAGCGUUAUUUUUGUAUAUUGUUGAGAGAGUGAUACUAACAAAAGAAGCGACAAGUAAUUUAUAAAAUUGUUUAAAAUGUUGAUUUGUUUACUAUUUUAUUAGUAAGUUAACAUGACUUAGUUUAAACAAAGUGAUGAUCUCUGUGUAUUAAUAAGCUCACAUAGUGAUUAUUUUCAAACAAUCUUUUUGUAAAUUUUUUUGAUCCAGGGCCUUGUGAGAAAGUCCAUGUUUCUAUUUCUUCAUGUAUUUUCAAUUAUUUUCUUUUUUCAGUAUCUAAUCACUGUAUACUAUCUAAUUCCUAAAGGGGAAGAACUAAUCAGGAGUUGGUUGAGACUUUAUUAUGGUAUAGUUAGGACUUGAUUAUAGAAGGGACUAAAUGUUCCAACUUAAUCUUCAUCCUUCUCCCCAACCCAAAUAUCGGUUCUGUGCCUCUCCCUACUUUUGAUUCCUUACUCUCUAGAGGUCAGUAAUUUAACACUAAACUUGGAUGCCACUUGUAGGGUCAGAUCGAAGUCUAGAGAACUUUUCAGAUAGCAUUGUAGGAGUUCUAUUUCAACUGCCAUCAUAGACUAAAAAGAUUGUGAAAUAGGGACUCCUUUGAUUAUACUGUUUAGAAUUUUUUGAGUAGAUUAAUAUGAAAAUGCUAUGAAUUUUGAGACUCUACCAAGAGAACAACUUUGGUUCUGGAACUGAUUUCUAUUUGUCAAAUCAGUCUCCUUUUAACAUAAUUGAUCCCUUUGAUAAAAAAAGCUAUCUAUGGGAUUAAAAGAAACAUGAAAUGAUACUUUUAUUAUUCCCUCAGCUGUAUAACUUAAAACACAGUAGUAUUUUUAGCUCUAAUAGUAUAAGAACUCGAUAUUCAUUAAUGUUCAGUAAAGUAUCCUGGGACAUUUUUAAUGUUCCCUUCAAGUUUUUGAAUGACUGUAUAUUUGGAAAUUAAGAGUGCUACACUACAGGGUAGAUCUGGUAAAUUUUAUAUUUGUAUAUUUACAGAUGUAAAUACAAAACAAAUGUACUUUUACCUUUUAUUUCUAACCCUGUGUGUUAGAGCAUUUGCAUGCUCUCCAGCUUUCUUUUUAAAUCAUAUUGUUAAGCUGUGGAUUUGUAUUCAAUAAUGACUUAGGAUAAACAUUUUUCUCAUCCAUUGCUUUACAUUAGACAUUUCUCAUUGUAGGCAAAUUCAAAGUAGAUAGUCAAUAAAACAUCUUUUAAAUCCCACAAGCCAAUUAUGUCUCACUAUUCUAAAUGGCUUCACUUUGUUUCUCAGUAUUAGAGAUUAUAGUUAAAAUUAGUUCACAUGUGAAAGAGAAGGCAAAAUUUAGUUUUGAUAGACUGUAGUUCUGGAAACAGUGAUUUUUACAAUUUGACCUAUUUCUAAAACAGAUGCAUAUAAAAUAGUCCCAUCCAUAAAUGUCUUACAUUCCAAAGUGUUUUAGACAACUUUGGUAGUUAGGACACAUUUUCUCACAGAAACAGUAGUAGUUAGGUUCCCUAUGCACAUUACUAUUGAAAGCUCACCUGGGAACCUAAUCCACUUAACCAUGAAUGUACUUAACUUGUAAUAUGGUUGAUAAAUUACUAAUCAUAGAUCCUGACCAGCAUUUGUAAUAACAUCACUCUAAGCAAGGAAAUGGUGUGCGGCAGCCAGAACCGCACAUUGGGGUAUCUGCCUGUGCUGUGUACCUCUGUCCCUAGGUAUAGGAAAUAGAAGAAAAGAGCAAAGGGGAAGAGGUAACAAAUGCACAAUUACAAAACCUGGUUAUACCUGCUGUGAAAGUAUACCAAGUAAGUUAGAUUUUUUGUUGUUAUUAAUGUGAAAGCAAGAACUUGUAUGUUAACUUAUUUUCAAUAUCUUGACCUUAUUUAUGAUCUGCUAAAGUGGUGAUUUAUCCAUUCAGAAUAUAUAUUUUUUCCAUUUAAAACUAAUUUAUAAACUGUGUACUCCUGGAAAGAUUUGAAAUCUUUUAGAAGUUUGUUGGAAUAUUUUCACCAUUUAAGACAGACUUCUAACUUAGAUACUGAUUUUGAUGCCAGUAUCUGCUCUAAAUAUUUAUGAUAAAAAUGCAUUAUUUUUUUAAAGAGCUUGAUGAGAUUUGUGAUAAGUGAUAGUACUCAAGAACCUGAAUCCCACCCCUUGACCAGUCCUCCACAAACCUCAGUUGUUGGUUAGUCCACUAACUGAACACAUACAAUAGUCUGCUUUAGUCAUGUUUUCCGCCUUAUGAUAGUUAACAUGGUAAGCCUUAGCAGUGAAUAGUCUUCCUUCCUAAAAAGAAGGCUAAAUUUUUUCAAGAAAUGGGGUUAGGUGGGAUACUGUAAUACCAAAUUCUAAAUCAUGAGCAUUUUCUUCACUGUGUACCUGAGGCAAAUCAUGCAUCUGAGUGCAGUUUGGCCUGGCCCCUCAAGAGAAAAGCAUGUCACCAUACUUGCAGUAGGGGUACUGUGGUCUGAAUGGAUACCAUCACUCUUUUCUCCACAAACAGUGCAGAGAGUUGCUGGAGUGGCAGUCUGAACAGAUUCCCUGGCACUCCCUCUGCUCCUUCCAUCACAGUAAGUAAAAGUCCAUAGGGGAGAACCUGGAGUCUUGAGAAAGUCAGUUGUGCUCAACAGCCACCCUCCCUUAAGGAAAACCAUUCCAAAUGCAACUUUUUUGGUACCUCUUUCACAUGCACUCCGAAUCAGGGUUUUUCUAUAAGAAAUCCUUCAGAAUCAGCAAAAGCUGGGGUGACCCAGUCAUCUUGAUUUGCAAAAUUAAAAGAACAAACUUAGGUUGUCAGUUGUCACUGUAGAUGAGCAACUCAUCUUUUGCAGUAUAGUUACUGAACUGGUUCUGAGAACACUUUAGAGAGAAAGAAAAAAAAAAAAAAACCCUCAAAAGUACAAAUUAACUUAUUUUAGGGAAAGAUAGAAGGUCCUUUCUGAAUUUUCCAUUCUAAAAAUUUACAUAAUAUGAAAUAACAUAAAGUUACUAAACUGCUUUGUAUUCUAUUAAGAAAUAGCUCCUAAAGAUGUAGUCUUGUUUCAUAGCUGUUGCACUAUAUCAAAGCUUUUUAAAGUGUAAACCCAGUUCUUCUCUGUAUAGAAAGGGAACAUUGUGUUACUUGAUGAGUUUAUUUAUACAGAGCAUUUGUUGCCAACUAUAAUUCCAGCCAUCCACAUGAGUCUGUUCUGAGGUGGCAGUAGCACAUGGGAAGAUGAACUCUCCCUGUUUGUUUACCCCUUUUCUUUGGCUGUAUCUGAUUACAGUAUAAGAUGUUCUUAAAUAAAGUUUUAUGUUCUUUUCAA